ACUAGAAGUCUAGAACCUACUUGAAGGUCGUUCGUGGCCAACGCACUCUUCUACUUUUGAGAAGACGAAAUUAACCUCGUGAUCAUAAAACGAAAAGCCUUCAAAUCGAGGCAACUUUGGACACUGAUGGCAUCCAAAUUAUUAGCAUCGGCGGCGGAGAAAAUCGGAACCGCCGCGAAACGUCAGGCGUUAACGUUGACAGACGCAGCAGCUUCUAGAAUACGCCAUCUGUUGCAGCAGCGGCAAAGGCCUUAUCUGAAGCUCGGCGUGAAGGCUCGCGGCUGUAACGGCUUAUCCUACACCCUCAAUUACGCCGAUGAGAAAGGAAAGUUUGAUGAAUUGGUUGAGGACAAAGGUGUAAAGAUAUUGAUUGAUCCGAAAGCUCUCAUGCAAGUUAUUGGAACUAAGAUGGAUUUUGUUGAUGACAAACUAAGGUCUGAAUUUGUAUUUAUUAAUCCAAACUCUAAAGGACAAUGCGGAUGUGGUGAAUCUUUCAUGACAACAACUAGUAGUGGCGCUGCAAAACCAAGCGGCAGCAAAUAAGUCUUGUGGGUGAGUCGAGAUUUUAUACAUAACCGGCUAACAUAUGGUUUUUUUCCCUUCUGUACGCCAACUGUAUUCAGCAAGAAGAUCAAUUCGCUAAGGGAUUCAAAACUGUUCUGUUUAAAGAUGUGAAGCUAAUGAAUGUCAUUCACUUUCUCCAGAUAUCACCUCCUGUGAUCAUGAUCUUUAGUUCAAAUUGUUCGUGAAAUGGACAUCUCUAUACAAUUAGUAUGUAGAAAUAAUUGAACGGGAUUGUUCUUAAUCUUCAAAAUAAUUUCAUAUUUUUUUUCUUUCAAUAGGUCUAGCCAUGCAUUGUAUAUUGUGCAACAAUGCUAGUUUAUUGAUUUGUAUCAUAUAAUAUAAGUUUAUUGGUGCAAAUGAAUUUUUAA